ACAUCAUUAAUAAUAAUAUUAUAGUAUAUUAUAUUAUUUACAUUAUCAUUAAUAAUAAUAUUAUUAUAUUUAUUAUUAUUAUCAAUGAAUAUGCAUAUUAUUAAUUCUCAAAAAACGCAUUUUAUCUUUUGCUAACGAUUUUAUGUGUAUUCUUUGUUAAAACAUACGAAAGUAGUAGUUAAUAUCUUUAUUGAUUACAUUUUAAACAAGGAGGGUGGUGGUCUUUGAAAUUUAACAAUGGAAUGAAUGACUUGUGAUAGGUGUUUCACUUCUAUAGAAAAGUUUGACUGGAAGAUGGAAUAUCUUAUAGUAGGGACUGAUGUAAUGGAUUCGGUUGACUAGAAAGAUUCAAUCCUACAGUAUGAAUUGACUAAGGUAAUUUACUCUAUAUGGCAUGUGAAGGAUUAUCGAUGUAGGAUUACAUAUAUAUGAAAAAAAAUUGCAGAUUUUAGGGAGAUUAUUUGAUAUGUACAUGUAAAAUAACAUAAAAUGAAAUAAAUAAAAUAGAUAAGGCGUAAUGAAAACGGAUUUAUUAAAAACAGACCACAACGCGAGAGUUAUAUAUAAAGUAUAAUUACUUCUAAAUUUAAACUUAACAAUGACUGGUUGAAUAAAGUAAAAAAAUUGUUUUCCCGUAAAAAGUUACGGACAGAGCAGCUACAACCCUAUCGAAUAAAAAUUAUAUACUUAAUGCUACUCAGAAAAAUUCUUGAAAAUUCCUGAGAAGAGAUGUCCUUAACUUCUUAUUAAAAAGUAGAUAUAUGAAAAAUUUUUUUACUACCAUUCGUAGUCAAAUAGAUGCUGAUCAAAUUUUGCUUCAAACAUAUUUUGUGAGAUUAUUAGAAAUACCACGAAUAUAAAGGGUACUGCUUUUUAACUCGAAGCAUGGUAUUACGAUAUGGAGUGUAAUCGAUCUUGCGAUGUUCAAAUCUUUGAUUCGAGGAACGUGAAACGAAAUAAAUUUGGCAAUUAAAAAUGGCUGAAUACCCUGGUGAAAAAGGAGAAGAAGAGGCAAAUCCUUUGGGGUUGUACGAAGGUGAAAGAAACGAGAAAGGUGAAAGGCACGGACAUGGAAAAGCACUGCUCCCGAACGGUGACAUGUACGAGGGACAGUAUUGUAAAGGUUUGAGGCACGGUCAAGGGCUCUAUGUGUUCAAAAAUGGCGCUAGAUACGAGGGUGAAUGGAGACACGGUGUAAAGUACUGUCAAGGAACUUUUUGGUAUCCUGACGGAACACGAUACGAGGGUGAGUGGAAGCGAGACAAGAAAUACGGUUUCGGUGUGUAUUAUUACGUGAACGGUGACAUUUAUGAAGGCUCCUGGAAGAAAAAUCAUCGUCACGGUAUGGGCUCGUAUCUCUACGCAGACACGAACACGAAAUUUAUGGGCACGUGGAUCAUGAAUCGUAUGCAAGGGGCUGGUCAAUUGAUCCACCCCCGUCAUAGGUUCCACGGAUUCUGGGAGUUAAAUUUGGUAAGGGUGUGGGCGGUUCCAAGAACCGAGCGAGAAUUUCUAAAGAGAUCUAAAAGAAUGUAUUAUUUAUUGAAAAUACAAUCGCAGCCUUAUGGCCGCGGAUGCUUUACCUUUGAGAACGCUUGCAUGCAACACGGUCACUACGUCCACCUUAAGGAUUCCGAACACGAGGAAACCCAGGCGGAAAUUACCGAGGAUAAAAUAGAAGAUGAAAAAGUCGAUUCGUCAGAGGCGAAGCCGAUUCCUUUGAAGAAAGGAAUCACUGCAUUAUGGCGGGCGCGAUGUAUUACCCCUUAUAAUCCUGAUUUGCUGCCACCUGAACCAGUUCCACUGCAAGAGGAGGUAUCCUUGGAUUCAUUGCCAGAUAAAUGUUCGGAGGAGUUGAUAGAACAAGAACAAUAUUUAAAGUAUCCUACAGAAUAUUAUGGAGAAGGCGAGGAAUAUUACGAAGAGAAUAAUCAUUUCUCAUCGACUGUUAAUGCAAUGGAAGAAGCAUGAAAU